AUAUAUAUAUAUAUGUAUAUGUGAGGAGAGAAUACGAUCGUGGAGUCACAUGUGUGCGUGUGCGUCUGUGUGGGAAAAUGAAAUGUAUUAACUAACUUAGCUAAAAACUGAUGGAAAGAAAUGACUUGAAUCGCAUUGAAUCUCAAAUGUACAAGAUUCAGUUAUUGUUUUGCGGUUGCUGGUUAGAGACUCGUUAGUUAAUUAAAUGCGCUUGUUGAUGUUGCUAUUCGAACGAUCUUUGCUUAGCUUAGCUUAGUGUGUUACCGUUUGUCUUUAUGUAUACAUAUAUGUGCAUGUGUUUUUGUGUGCGAUUCUAAUAGCGAUCUAAAGCGAUCCUUUGAUGUUAUGUAAAAUAAAAAUUUUUAAUAUAAAAAUUUAAAAAAAAAAAAAUAUGAAAAAACUUUAUGCAAAAACAUCUUUCACUCAUAAGAACCGCUCGAAUAAAUGCGUUAUUAAAGCUAGUGAUGAUAAUGAUGUAUGUCACGAACCCAUAUUAGCUUAUCAGUCAACACUGAGCGAAACUCAAUCAGCCCCACCGCCACCACCCUCAGCCACCACGAUCACAUCGUAUAAUCGAAUGUUACGCGAAACGAAACCCCCGAAAUAUACGCCUCGUUAUCCUUUCGUGAGUCCGGUAAAUUCUGAUCAUACGAAUUUACGUAAAUUCCAUCAUCCUUGCGUGCCUAUGCUUGAAGAUAUACCAUAUUAUUCGAUAACUGAAUUGGAUGAUUUGCAUUUACUUGAUCAUCGGCAUCCGGAAUUUCAUCAAAUGUUACGCAUGCAACAAACCAAAGUUUAUCAUAAUCACAAUGAAUUGGUGCUACAGCUUCCCAUGGCCUCUGAAUUUGAUUCGCAUGACCUAAAUGUGACGCCAUUGGCUUCACCCAUAUAUGAAGCACCACAAAUAGUUGGCUUUGUCGGCAAUUCCGGACAAAAGUCACAAAGGAAUUACAUGUUAACACCAACCUCGUUAACAAAUCUAUCGUCAGCGUCAUCGACAUUGUCGUCGUCGUCGUCCAUAUCAACAUCAUCAGCGACCACUUCGCCAACAAUGUUGCGCAUGUCGUGUUCUGCUAAUGUUAAGAGUGCGAAAAGUUUAAACUCAAUAACACCGCCUCCACAAACCACUAUAACUUCUACAAGCACCGCGUCGCAUGAUUACAAUAUUUAUGAAUCGUAUAAACGAAAUCAACCGCAGUUUUUUAACAGUUCAAUAUUGGCAGCAACAACAAGUUUCGCUGAACAAAGUAUUAUUGGGGCACGUGCCUCCGUGAUGGUCUACGAUGAUAAUCAAAAGAAAUGGGUACCCUCUGGGACUUCGUCUGGCCUCAGUAAGGUGCAAAUCUAUCAUCAUCAACAAAACAAUACAUUUCGAGUGGUGGGACGAAAAUUGCAAGAUCAUGAAGUGGUCAUUAAUUGUUCCAUACUCAAAGGACUCAAAUAUAAUCAGGCAACAGCUACCUUUCAUCAGUGGCGUGACUCAAAAUAUGUGUAUGGCUUAAAUUUCUCCAGUCAACAUGAUGCUGAAUCGUUCGCGCGGGCUAUGAUGCAUGCGUUGGACGUUUUAAGUGGACGUGUUAUAAAUAAUGCUGUACAACCUACGAACGGUAAUAGUUACGAGGAGGAUAUGGGUUAUCGUACGAUGACCAGUGAAGAUGCGGCGAUGUUGAGGCAACAACAGCAAAUAACAGGCCAAGUAACGCCUUCUGCUCAAACGCCAACUUCGCAAACGAAUCAAAAUAAUAUACCACAAAGCCCACCGACACCACAGGGUCAUCAUCGAACAAGCAGGAAUUCCCUUAGUGCUCCAACGGCACCACCACAAACCACACAAAUGCAACAUCAGCAACAUCAGCAGCUUCAACAGCAGCAACAGCAACAACAGCAGCAACAACAGCAACUUCAAUCACAACCACAACAAUCCGCAAUUUAUGGCCAAAAUAUUAAUGGACCUAAUCAAAAUGGCAUGCAGCAGCAGCAGCAACAACAACCAGCAACAAGUCAACAGAUACCACCAGUUCCCGGUCAUACGCAGUAUCAUGCACCACAGCAACUGCCACAACAUCCACAACAACAGCAGCCACAGACACAACCUCAAAAUCAACAACCGCAACAUUCAAUUUAUGCAUCACAACAAUUGGUCAAUACUGGCGGGUAUCAACAAAAUCAGUAUCAGCAACCGCAUUAUGUUUUAUCGAAUUCUAAUCCAAAUCUUAAUAUGCAUCAAUAUCCAACACAGCAACAGCAGCCAGCACAACCACCACAGAUAGCAAUAAAUGCGAAUAUACCACAGCCGCCAAUGCCACCACCGCAUCAGCCACAAAAUGGUCCAGGAGCUGGUGGUCCACCAAUUUACGUGUCGUCUCAGGUACAGAUGGGAGCGGGCGGUCUUCCAAAUUCGAAUAGCUCUGGCAGUGUGGUAUAUAAUGCGUUGCCGCAGCCAGGCGGUAUAGUGCCUAUGGCUCCGCAACCAUCGCAAGCUCCAGCUUUAACCAAUGGACCCCCGAUUCCGCCAAACGCGUACGGUCAAAUGAAUGGUGGAAUUCAAGCACAACAACAACAACAACAAGAGAAUGGCUUUGGUCCACCAGCCACAACGAUAGCGUCAAAUUCACAAAAUCAAAAUAUGCCACCCAUGGCACCGCCACAUAAUCGCAUGAGCAACAGCAGCGGUGGGGCUCCGGCACCACCACCGCCUCCAGCUUUUGGUGGAACGUCUCAGCUAUUUCAUACCAACACUAGCAGCAGCAAUAUCGGUGGCGGCACUAAUGCACCACCACCACCGCAACCACCAGCUCCGCCAGCGCCUCCCACAAUGAGAGGUCCUGCGGCCGCUGCACCACCGCCACCACCACCACCACCCAUGACUAGUAUGGCUGCUAAAAAGGAUGAUCCUCAAAAUGAACUAAUGGGAUCUUUGGCUGCCCAAUUACAACAAGCUAAAUUAAAAAAGAAGUCUACUCCAGCUCUUCCGACUGAGAAUAGCAGCAGUAGUACAUCGAGCAGUGGUGGUGGUAGCGGUAACUACGGUACAAUAGGCCGCGGAACCACAGGUAUGGCUUCCAUGAUGGAUGAAAUGGCAAAAACUUUAGCACGAAGACGAGCUCAAGCUGAAAAAAAAGAACCUGAACCUGAACCAGAAAUUAAGCAAAGACCUUGGGAAAAAUCAAACACAUUGCCUCACAAAUUGGGAAGCUCUGCAUCAUCAAACGCUAGCAACAGCAAUACGAAUUCCAUAAAUACAUCGAACAGUGGCGGCGAAUCGCCCAGACCUAUGCGUAAACGUUUUGGCAGUGCCAGUGAAGAAACGAUACUUAAGCAGGUGAAUGGCGAUGGCUUGUCACUGGCUUUGUCCGGCAGCGACUUGGAACAAUUGAAGGCUGAAAUAGUUAGAGAAAUGAGAUUAGAAAUGCAAAAAGUCAAGGAAGAGAUAAUAAAUGCAAUUAAAUCGGAAUUUAAUCGCAGAUAAAAUCAUUAACUUAGCGAUAAUUGAAAAUAAUGAAUUUAUUAGCACUGCUAAUAUAUAAUAUAUAUACUUUUAAUCAACAUAUAUAUGCCGCGUGUUCUCUUUUUUUAUAUAUUAUAUACACACAAAAAAUAUAUCGAACGUAAUUUGCGAGACAAGGAGUGUAGUAAGCAGCAUAAGAAAUAUCAAACAAUAUAUAAACAAUUUAAGCGUAUAUAUAUAUAUAUAUCUUGUAUAUAUAUACAUAUACACAACAACAAAAAAUCGAUGAUAAUCUUAUUUAUACAUUAAAAUAUUAUUAUAAUUAUUACCAGUAUAUCAAAAUCCGAUUGAAUUGUAAUGGAAAAACAAAAGGAAAAUUCAUACUAAAAAAAAAAAA